GUUCUGCUCCUUUUUUGUCUCGUUUUCAGUCUACGCAAGUUACAUAGGAAAACUCCUGAGCCCCCUGAAUAUUUACCUGGCGUAUCAAUUAUCAAGCCCCUUCUGGGUGUAGAUCCUUUUCUUCAGGAAAAUAUUAUUAGUCACUUUGAACUUUGCUACCCAAACUUUGAAAUCAUUUUCUGUGUUGAGGACCCUAAUGACCCGGCUGUUGAGGUUGUGCAGUUACUCCUCCAUAAGUAUCCAAACGUUGAUGCUAAACUUAUUAUUGGUGGAAACGGAAACGUGGUUAAUCCACUGGUAAACAAUGCUCUUCCUGCUUACGACGCGGCCAAGUAUGACCUAAUCUGGAUUGCAAUGGCUCUUAAUCAAAUGGAAAUGCUCUGUUUCACUGGGAUGUCUUACAUCUUUAAAAAGCCCAUCCUCGAUCGAUUUGGUGGGUUCGCGCGAUACGGGAAAUUCCUGGCCGAAGACUACUUCUUAUCCAAAGACCUCUUUGAAAAUGGGUACAAAAUUAAAAUGUCCAACUAUCCGGCCCAGCAAAACAUCGCCGGCACGAACGUUACCAAGUAUAUCAGUCGGAUGGUACGGUGGCUGCGUCUGCGACUCAACAUGCUUACCAUCGUGGCUGCUUUCUUCGAACCGAUGAUCGAAUGCGUCAAUUUGGGUUUCCUCCUUGCGCUUUCACUGAGGUACCUUUUUGGCGUUUCCAUGCUCACAACCAUGGCAGUCCACAUUUCCCUGUGGAUGGUGCUUGACUACCUCCUUCUACGGUGCACGCAGGUGGGACUUGUGUAUUUUUGCCACAUAAUAUUGCGUGAUAUGAUUUUUUUGUUUUACAUCCUUGUGCUGACAUACGUGAUCUACGCGAAAGCGGUGCUGCAUCCACGCACUGUGAAAUGGGGCGCUCACACAUACCACCUCUCACUGGGUGGUCACACAGAGACUAACCUCUGCUAUCGUUGA